AUAGGGUCCAAAUUAUUCAUAACAAUUAUAGUUGUCCAUCUCCCCCGGAAGAACCAGACUUUGGGGAUCUUGGAACCCCAGACAUGGAUUUCUGAAUAGGCUACAAAUAGGCACCAUUGCGAGGAAACCCAUAAGCUCAAACGCAUAAUAUAUAGAAACCCUGGUGGUGCUCUCUCUCUCUCUCUCUCUCUCUCUCUCUAUGUGUAGCAGCAAAGACAGCCCUUCUUGCCCUCUAUGUGUAGCAAAGAAGACAGCCCUUCUUCUAAUUACUUCUAACAAUGGCCAGCCCCACCACCUCUCUGCCUCUCUAUGAAAGAUUCACCCGCAGAAACCACAUUUCUCGGGCCAUUGAACUUAUCAUCCUCUUCCUCCUGCUCUCUCUCCUCCUCGAUCGACUCCUCUCUCCCAAAAUCCAUGGAUUUGCCUGGCUCCUGGCCUUUCUCUGCGAGUCAUGGUUCACUUUCAUGUGGGUUCUUCUUGUCAGCACCAAGUGGAACCAAGUCGAGUUCAAAGCUUACCCUCACCGCCUCUUGCAAAGGAAAGUGGAGCUCCCUCCGGUGGACAUGUUUGUGACAACGGCUGAUCCAGUCUUGGAGCCGCCAAUCGUCGCUGUGAACACCGUGCUCUCCAUGUUGGCAGUCGACUACCCGGCUGAUAAGUUGGCCUGCUACGUCUCCGACGACGGCGGCUCCCCUCUCACCUUCUACUCGCUGGUUGAAGCCGCAAAGUUUGCCAGGCUAUGGGUUCCUUUCUGCAAGAAGUACGGCAUCCAGCUCCGGGCUCCCUUCCGGUACUUUUCCGGCCAGUCCUCGUCUUCCCAGGAUGCUUUCCCGGAGUUCGGGCAAGAGAGGAAGAAGAUCCAGUAUGAGUAUGAACAGCUUCGGCGGAGAAUUGAAGAAGCAGCCAGAAAGCCUCUGCCUUGUGAGCUCACCGGCGAGUUUAGGGAUUUCUCAAACAUACAGAGUAGGAAUCACCCAACCAUAAUUAAGGUUAUAUGGGAGAACAAGGAAGAUCAUUCAAAAAACAGAUCAGUGCCACAUCUUGUCUACAUUUCCAGAGAAAAACGCCCCAAUCACCCACAUAAUUUCAAAGCUGGUGCCAUGAAUGUACUUGCAAGAGUCUCUGGGGUCAUGACUAAUGCUCCAAUCAUGUUGAAUUUAGACUGUGACAUGUACAUCAAUAAUUCCCAAGUUGUCCUUCAUGCCAUGUGUUUCUUAAUGGGCAUCAAGAAUGAAAGGGAUUGUGGAUUUGUUCAAUCUCCCCCAUUAUUCUAUGACGGAUUGAAGGAUGACCCGCUUGGAAAUCAAUUCGUGGUUUUUCAUGAGUACAUAGGGUAUGGAAUAGCAGGGAUUCAAGGACCGUUCUACCAUGGAACAAAUUGCUUCCACAGGAGAAAAGUCAUCUAUGGCUUAUCACCAAAUGACAAGCAAAUCAAUGGAACAUUGAAUAACAUUGAAGCAUUAAAGAGCAUUUAUGGAAGCUCAUUGGAGUUCAGCAGAUUAGCAAUUGAAGCACUGUCAGGAUUGAGGACUGGCACUUCACGAUCACAUGAUGAUUUGUUGAGUUCCAUAGAGGCAGCUCACAUUGUUGCUGGCUCUGACUACGAGUGUGGUACCAAAUGGGGCAGUGAGGUUGGAUGGAUGUAUGGAACUACAUCAGAGGACGUGUACACUGGGCUUUGGAUCCAUGGGAAGGGUUGGAGAUCGGUGAACAGUACGCCAGAGCCACCUGGGUUCUUGGGCUGUUCACCCUCUGAUGGGCCCGUAGCAGUGGGCCAGGAGAAGAGGUGGGCCACUGGGUUUCUUGAAAUCCUGGUCAGCCCAAAAAGCCCACUCAUUCUCACGCUCAAGGGAAGGCUCCAAUUCCGGCAAUGCCUGGCCUACUUAUGCAUCCUUUUUUGGGCCCUACGGUCCAUUCCCGAGCUCUGUUAUGCUAUUCUGCCGGCCUACUGUAUCAUCGUCAACACUCAUUUUUUGCCCAAGGUGGGAGAAGGAGGUUUCUGGACAAUUACCUUUCUUUUCCUCAUCUACAACUUGUACGCUUUAUCUGAGUACCUGCGAGCUGGUCUCUCAAUUCGUGCAUGGUGGAACAACCAGAGAAUGAGAAAGAUCGCUGCCAUGAACGCUUGGUUCUUCGGAGCUCUAAGUGUGGGGCUCAAGCUCCUCGGAAUAUCAGACAUUGUUUUCGAAGUCACCCAGAAAGACCAACCAACAGUUACUGAUGACAACAACAAUGAUGCCAAUGCCAAUGCCUGGAGGUUGACGUUUAACGAAUCCCCAAUAUUCAUACCGGGAACCACAGUCUUGCUAGUGAACCUGGCCGCCGGAUUGCUAGGGUUCCGCUCUACUGGUAGCGGGGAUGGGUUUGGGAUAGGGGAGGUUGUUUGCAGUGUUUGCGUGGUGCUGUGUUUGUGGGCAUUCUUGAAAGGUCUCUUUGGCAGGGGGAAAUAUGGGAUUCCGUUGUGGACCAUUUAUAAGUCGGGGGCUCUAGCUUUGUUGUUUGUGCAGUUGAGCAAAUGGGCCUCGUCCGAUUGAGUCUGAUUUGAAGAAAUUAGUUGGUUUUUUUUAUCUUUCUGAGCUUAAUUUAUUUUUCUUUUCUUUUUCUUUAAGGCCAUAACUUGUAACCUUAUUUGAGGUCUAAUUAGUUUCAAAGGUAUUUCAAUCCAAGGUUUAACAAGCUUGAGGAAAUAGCAUGUUCUUGGGCCCAUUCCAAAUGUACCUAAUCUAUUAUACUAUUUGGAUCCAAUUAUAAAAUUUAUGCCAG